AAUGGAGAACGCCGCUCCUGUGCCUGCAGCUCCUGUUGUUGGUGCACGACGCGAACCUUCGAUAGAUCCUGUGAAGGCUCAAGGCAUUCUGGUUGCGGUCACGAAGAAAACGAAAGAUGCAGCUGGUUUAUGGAAAAAUCGUUGGGGUUUCUACAGUCAGAUUCGAGAAAUACAAGAGGAAGAAGCUCAAAAAAGUGGAAUGGGUUUAGAGGAAUACCGCAUGGCUCUCCAGUCUGUUAGUUGUCAACCAGAACCAAAGCUGUGUCCGGUUAAUGUUGAUCCGUCACCAAAACCGCUGCCUCCUACGUCUGCAGGUACAGUAGGCCAUAGGGCCUUGUGUCCUCUAGAAAGGUAUGGUAGACUCGUAAAAACGGAUCGAGACUACCCAAUCAGGCCGCAGCCACGCAAAAGUCAAAUCUACGACCCGUUUAAGCAGACUAUGGUCUUUAUAGGGAGUGUGGAUGGCGAUCCGAUAUCGUACAAGUUGCCGCCAGCACGGUCCGAAGUGACAGAUGAAAUGUGGGCGCGACCGCUACAACUCGAAGUGAUGCCGUUAUGCAAAGAAAACAUACAGAGGGCGCUGCAUGUCUAA